AUGAAGUACAACCUGGUCAGCCUGCAUCUGAGGGCCUCCUACACCUACUUCUCUGGGCUUUAUUUCAACCUGGAUAACAUGGCUCUGGAGGGCAUGGGCCACUUCUUCCACAAGUUGGCUAAGGAGAAGCAAGAGGGUACGGAGCAGCUCUUGAAGAUGCAAAGCCAGUGUGGUAACCGUGCCCUCUUCCCAAGGGACGCCGGGGGACCGGGUCCUUCUGCAGGAGACCUGCCCCGCCGCGCGCCCGGGGACGGGGAGCGGGAGGCAGCGGCGCGCGGAGCGCCCUCGUGGGACCUGCCGGCGGCCCGGGGCGGUGACCCAGGUGAGGGCAGAGGGGCGGAGGCGUCGGCGGCGGAGCCCUUGGGACCUCCAGCCAGACCGCCUGGCGCCUGGAGGUGGAGAGGUGCCGGGGAUCCCGAGCCCCCUGGACCUUUGGGGAGAGGGAACCCCGCUGGUCUCCAGCUCUUCCUUCAGACCUCGGAGGAAAAGGAGGAGGGUCCUAGAGGCGCUGGCAUUUUCGGGCGCAGCCAGGAGCCCGGCGUGAGGACCGAGCCCGGAGCCGGCGACCUUUAUUACUGGCCGAGGAGAGCCGGGAGACACCGGGGUUCCCACCGCGACUCCCCCUCCAAGACGGGCAGUGGACCCCUGGGGCACGAGGGGCGGGUGAUGGCACCCCCCGGAAGGGCGCUGGCUCAGAAUGGGUCCUCGGGGGAAGGGGUCCCCGAAGGCGAGGAUCCCCGGCCGCGAAACAGCACAAACCGGCGCUUGCGACUGAAGAACCCCUUCUACCCGCUGACCCAGGAGUCCUACGGAGCCUACGCGGUCAUGUGCUUGUCGGUGGUGAUCUUCGGGACCGGCAUCAUUGGCAACCUGGCGGUGAUGUGCAUCGUGUGUCAUAACUACUACAUGCGGAGCAUCUCCAACUCCCUCUUGGCCAACCUGGCCUUCUGGGACUUCCUCAUCAUCUUCUUCUGCCUCCCACUCGUCAUCUUUCACGAGCUGACAAAGAAGUGGCUGCUGGAAGAUUUCUCCUGCAAGAUUGUGCCCUACAUCGAGGUUGCUUCGCUGGGAGUGACGACCUUCACCUUAUGUGCUCUGUGUAUAGACCGCUUCCGGGCGGCCACCAACGUGCAGAUGUACUAUGAGAUGAUCGAGAACUGUUCUUCCACCACCGCCAAGCUGGCGGUCAUAUGGGUGGGCGCGCUCCUGCUGGCGCUGCCCGAGGUGGUCCUGCGCCAGCUGAGCAAGGAGGACGUGGGCUUCGGCGGCCGCGCCCCCGCCGAACGCUGUGUCAUCAAGAUCUCCCCGGACCUGCCCGACACCAUCUACGUCUUAGCGCUCACCUACGACGGCGCGAGGCUCUGGUGGUACUUCGGCUGCUACUUCUGCUUGCCCACGCUGUUCACCAUCACCUGCUCCCUGGUGACGGCGCGGAAGAUCCGCCAGGCGGAGAAGGCCUGCACGCGCGGGAACAAGCGGCAGAUCCAGCUCGAGAGCCAGAUGAACUGCACGGUGGUGGCGCUGACCAUCUUGUACGGCUUCUGCAUCAUCCCCGAGAAUAUCUACAACAUCGUGACGGCCUACAUGGCCACCGGGGUUUCCCAGCAGACCAUGGACCUGCUGCACAUCAUCAGCCAGUUCCUGCUGUUCUUCAAGUCCUGCGUCACCCCGGUCAUCCUCUUCUGCCUGUGCAGGCCGUUCAGCCGCGCCUUCCUGGAGUGCUGCUGCUGCUGCUGCGAGGAGUGCGCGCACAAGUCCUCGGCGGCCGCCAGCGACGACAACGACAACGAGUACACCACCGAGCUGGAGCUGUCCCCGUUCAGCACCAUCCGCCGCGAGAUGUCCACCUUCGCUUCUGUCGGAACUCACUGCUGAAGGGCGCGGGGUUUGCUUCGAUUUUUUUUUUUUUUGAUUUUUUUUUAUUUUCCUACCCUGGGAAAGUUUUUACUUCUUAUUUUUUUUCCUGACCGGGAAAGAAAUGCAGACAAAAAGAAAGAGAGAACUAUUAACGACUGUAGAACUGAUUUUGCAGAUUAAUAUUUGUGCUUGGAAAAGAAAAAGGUUUAUAUUUAGUUAUUGAAGAAGUCCGAGGAGGCCAGUAGUUUUAGAUCAUUUUAUCCGGUAUGGUGCUAAUAUUUUCUUCGGGGGGGAAAAAAAAAAGUUCUCGCACCCUUAAUGAAUUGCUAAUUUUCUUUCUUUUCAAAAUAUAAUCGCUGUAUGUUGAUGAGAGCCAUGUGAUUUUGUAGGUUAUGCUAUGUUUGAGUUGUAAUUGAAAGUAUGUUGUACAUACAUCAUGAGAUGAUUUGUAGAUCAGAGACAUUCACAAGGUAGCGCCAAAUAAAUGACACUUUAUUCUUUAA